CAACAACUAUUCAUUCACUCCCAAACCCUCUUUUAGUUUCUUCUUCGUUCCAUCGUUCUGAGAUCGCAAAUUACAAAUCCCUAACCCUAGCUACUCCAAUUCCUCCUCCUCCUUCACUGAAAUUCUCAAUCAUGGCCACGACGCUCGUGAGCUCCGCCGGUGGGAUGCUGGCGAUGCUGAACGAGUCCCAUCUAUCGCUCAAGCUUCACGCUCUCUCCAACCUCAACAAUCUCGUCGACACUUUCUGGCCCGAGAUCUCCACCAGUGUCCCCCUCAUAGAGAGUUUGUAUGAAGAUGAGGAGUUUGAUCAGCAUCAAAGGCAACUUGCUGCGCUUGUCGUAUCUAAGGUCUUCUAUUACUUGGGCGAACUUGAUGAUUCAUUAUCUUAUGCCCUUGGAGCUGGUCCUCUUUUUGAUGUUUCUGAGGAUUCUGACUAUGUGCACACUCUUCUUGUUAAAGCCAUAGAUGAAUAUGCUAGUCUCAAGUCUAAGGCAGCAGAAUCAGGUGAUACAUCUAUCAAAUCGGAUCCAAGGUUGGAGGCGAUUGUGGAGAGAAUGUUUGAUAAGUGUAUCAUGGAUGGAAAGUACCAACAGGCCAUGGGAACUGCCAUUGAGUGCAGGAGGUUGGAUAAACUAGAGGAAGCAAUUACAAAGAGUGACAACGUUCAAGGAACUCUAUCAUAUUGCAUUAAUGUCUCUCAUUCCUUUGUGAAUCUUAGAGAAUACAGACAGGAGGUUCUCCGUCUCCUUGUUAAAGUAUUUCAAAAGCUUUCUUCACCGGAUUAUCUGAGCAUUUGUCAAUGUCUCAUGUUCUUGGAUGAGCCAGAGGGUGUUGCAAGCAUAUUAGAAAGACUUUUACGUUCUGAAAACAAAUAUGAUGCUCUUUUGGCAUUUCAAAUAGCUUUUGAUUUGGUAGAGAAUGAGCACCAAGCUUUUCUUCUAAGUGUCAGGGAUCGUCUUGCAUCACCGAAGUUACCUUCAGAAUCUGCACAGCCAAAACCCAGUGAUACAGGUUCUACUCCCAGUGCUAGUGCGAAUGCACCAGAUGAUGUUCAGAUGGAAGAUGGUGAUUCAGCUUCUAUUGUCAAUGUGCCUGAGGAUCCAAGUGAAAAAAUGUAUGCUGAGAGGUUAAACAAGAUCAAGGGAAUUUUGUCUGGGGAAACUUCAAUUCAGUUGACCCUUCAGUUCCUUUACAGCCAUAACAAAUCUGAUCUCCUUAUUCUGAAGACUAUAAAGCAGUCUGUGGAGAUGAGGAAUAGCGUCUGCCACAGUGCUACAAUAUAUGCCAAUGCAAUAAUGCAUGCUGGGACAACUGUGGAUACUUUCCUAAGGGAAAACUUGGAAUGGUUGAGCAGAGCUACUAAUUGGGCCAAAUUCAGUGCAACGGCUGGUCUUGGUGUUAUCCACAGAGGCCAUUUGCAGCAGGGAAGGUCACUGAUGGCACCGUACUUACCUCAGGGUGGAACUGGAGGUGGUGGUAGUCCAUACUCAGAAGGCGGUGCUCUCUAUGCCCUUGGUCUUAUUCAUGCUAACCAUGGAGAAGGCAUCAAGCAAUUUCUUCGUGAUAGCCUGCGCAGUACUACCGUUGAGGUUAUUCAACACGGUGCAUGUCUUGGUCUUGGAUUGGCAUCCCUAGGAACUGCUGAUGAGGAUAUUUAUGAAGAAAUUAAAAAUGUUCUCUACACUGAUAGUGCUGUUGCUGGGGAAGCUGCUGGGAUCAGUAUGGGCCUACUCAUGGUUGGAACAGGCAGUGAAAAGGCAAAUGAGAUGCUUACUUAUGCACAUGAGACACAGCAUGAAAAAAUUAUCAGAGGGUUAGCAUUGGGAAUAGCUCUUACGGUUUAUGGCAGAGAAGAAGGAGCUGACACAUUGAUUGAGCAGAUGACUCGCGAUCAGGAUCCAAUAUUGCGUUAUGGUGGGAUGUACGCAUUGGCCUUGGCAUAUAGCGGAACGGCAAAUAAUAAGGCCAUUCGCCAGUUACUGCACUUUGCUGUGUCUGAUGUGAGUGAUGAUGUCAGGAGGACCGCUGUUCUAGCAUUGGGGUUUGUGUUGUACUCUGAUCCAGAACAGACUCCACGAAUUGUUUCCCUCCUGUCAGAGUCUUACAAUCCACAUGUUCGAUAUGGAGCGGCUCUUGCUGUGGGUAUUUCUUGUGCGGGUACAGGUCUCAGUGAGGCUAUAUCUUUACUGGAGCCAUUGACAUCAGAUGUCGUUGAUUUUGUUCGUCAAGGUGCCCUCAUAGCAAUGGCUAUGGUCAUGGUUCAGAUCAGUGAAGCUAGUGAUUCACGCGUUGGUACAUUCAGGCGACAAUUGGAGAAAAUUAUUCUGGACAAGCAUGAGGAUACCAUGAGCAAAAUGGGAGCAAUUUUGGCCUCUGGAAUCCUUGAUGCUGGUGGAAGAAAUGUGACCAUAAGACUACUUUCCAAGACAAAGCAUGAUAAAAUUACUGCAGUGGUUGGGCUUGCAGUUUUCAGCCAGUUUUGGUAUUGGUACCCUCUUAUCUAUUUCAUAAGCUUGUCCUUUUCACCCACGGCUUUGAUUGGUCUGAACUAUGAUCUGAAAUCUCCAAAGUUCGAGUUCUUGUCACAUGCAAAGCCUUCUCUUUUUGAAUACCCGAAACCUACUACAGUUCCCACUACUACUUCGACUGUAAAACUUCCCACAGCUGUUCUGUCAACAUCAGCUAAGGCCAAAGCCAGGGCUAAGAAAGCGGAAGAGCAGAAGGCUAAUGCUGAAAUUUCAUCUAGUCCUGAUUCUACAUCUGGUGCUCCAAGUGCUGGAAAAGGGAAGUCUUCCGUUGAGAAAGAAGGAGAUACCAUGCAGGUUGAUAGCCCAACGGAAAAGAAACCAGAGCCUGAGCCUUCUUUUGAGAUUCUGACAAAUCCUGCUAGGGUUGUUCCUGCUCAGGAGAAGUUCAUCAAAUUUUUACAGGAUAGCAGAUAUGCUCCAGUUAAGUUGGCACCUUCAGGAUUUGUGCUUCUCAAAGACCUGCGUCCUACCGAGCCAGAAGUGCUCGCGAUUACCGUCACACCCGCAUCGGCCACUUCAACUGCUGCUGGAUCAGCUGCUGGAUUGCAAAGUUCUUCAUCGGCAAUGGCUGUGGACGAAGAACCUCAACCUCCUCAACCAUUUGAGUACUCCUCAUGAGUUCGGUCCUGAGUUGCAAAGUUCAAACAUUCAUAUGGUACUUAGAAAACUGGUUCUCCUAUGGAGAGAGUGGCUACGUAAAUGAAUUAUUCGAGUCACUACUACUGCUCUAUUACCCUCUUGAAGUUGAGUUCUUGGGCGUGAAAUGUCAUCUUCUUAAUGCUGUGGUUUUUUUCCACCCUCUAGUUAAUCUUUGAACUGGUUGUUACUAUGUAUUUUCAAAAUGAGGGAAUAGAAGGCAGUGUGCCCCGCCAAACUAAAGUGUUUAACGUGUUUAACGUGUUUUCACCCUUAUCCCAUUUGUUUUUGGAGAACUUCUAGUCCAAUUUCUGGUCACUUAAUGAGGCCAAGGAUUCUUCUGGUUUGUACUUUGUAGACUAGUAGCUCUGGCACUGUUGAGAACUUCUAUAUUCUCUUAAACACUUUCAUGCUCACAAUUCGUAAUCCCCUGAAGUGAAUUUAAACUCGUUUCUCUUUGAUGAA